AGGGGUUUUUUUUUCAAGAGAAGACAUUGCUGUUACUUAGAAAAAUUACUCCGCUACCAUGGCUAGCAAAAGAAAGUCAACCACUCCUUGUAUGGUACGAGCACCUGAAGCCACAGGGCAGGGAGUUUCUGAGGACAGUGAUGCAGCAAAUGCAGCUCCAGAGAAAGACGUGGGAGAUGAUUUGGCAGCUGGUAAGGAGAACUCCGAAAAUGACUGUGAAGUAAUUGAAGGGAAAUCUUCCCCAGCCAAUCCUUCCAAGAAAUCUCUUGGUGGUUAUGAAUGUAAGUACUGCCCCUACUCCACUCAAAACCUGAGCGACUUCACAGAGCACAUAGAUACGCAACACCCCAAUGUGAUCCUGAACCCUCUCUAUGUAUGCGCCGAAUGUAACUUUACGACCAAAAAGUAUGAUUUAUUAUCUGAGCACAACACAAAACUCCACCCAGGGGAAAACAACUUCAAGCUGAAAUUGAUCAAGCUCAACGAUCAAACUAUCCUAGAGCAGUCCAUUGAGGUAACACACAGCUCACUUGCAGUUGAGCCUCCUGAAUUUGAAGUAGCUCAUUUUGGGACAAGUGGUAUGAACAAAGCAAUACCAAUGAUUAGUGCUGGGAAGCCUAAAAGUGAGGCAAAGAAAGUUUCUAUAGACAGCUAUCGGGAUGGGAUUCAUCCUGCUGAGCCUAUCACUUGUAUUAAAGGAGCAGAGCUUCUCCAGGACAUCCUGGCUCACGUGAUGCCCUCUGUACAGCUCCCACCAAAUAUCAACCUUGUUCCUAAAGUCCCUGUACCAAUGAACAUUACCAAAUACAAUUCUGCACUGGACACUAAUGCAACUAUGAUCAAUUCCUUCAACAAAUUUCCCUACCCAACACAGGCCGAGUUGUCAUGGUUGACGGCAGCAUCCAAACACCCAGAGGAGCAGAUCCGAAUUUGGUUCGCUAUCCAACGUUUGAAGCAUGGCAUCAGCUGGUCUCCAGAAGAGGUUGAAGAGGCAAGAAAGAAGAUGUUCAACGGCACCAUCCAGGCAGCACCUCAAACCAUCACUGUUCUGCCAGCUCACGUCACUCCUGCCAAGAUGUCACAGCCACUCAUCCAAACAGCGAUGCCUUGUCAGAUACUCAGUCAGACUGGCCUGGUUUUGACACAGUUGUCAAAUGGCUCAAAUGCUUCCCCAGUUACUCUGGCUGUUGCCGCCAAUCACAGGCAGAAACGGAGCACACAGAACCAGUCAGCUGUUCCAGAAGCCAAGCGUCCACAUGUUGCCCCUUCAGAAGGCUUGUCGAAACAGAACACCCCUGCUGCUCCGACAAGCACAACCACAGCACCAUUGUCUCCUGUAGCGUCUAUACCAUCAAGUGACCGCAAGAAGACUAAGGAGCAGAUAGCAGCCCUGAAGACUAGUUUCCUCAUUAACCAGUUUCCUGACAGUUCUGAAGUUUACAGGCUGAUAGAAAUCACAGGUCUCUCAAGAAGUGAGAUCAAGAAGUGGUUCAGUGAUUACCGGUACCGGAGUCAAAAAGGAAUUGUCAACAUCUCAAGUGAAUCUAUACCCAUGGAUCAGAUAGCUCUUGCUGCUGCAAAGCAGGGACGUCCCUACAGUCUAUACUCAGACUUCGCUUUCCACAAGUUCAAAGGAAAAAGCCCAGAACAAUUUAGGAUCCUGGAGGAAAGUUUCCUUAAAAGCUCUUUUCCAACACAGAGUGAGUUGGAAAGACUCAGGAGUGAAGCCAAGAUGAGUAGACGAGAGGUUGAAACCUGGUUCAAUGAGCGAAGAAAGCUCAGAGAUAACAUGGAGCAAGCUGUCUUGGACUCAAUGGGAUCAAGCAUAAAGAAUAAAGAUCAAGGUGAUUCCAAUGGAGCACUAACUCAAACAGAAAAGUCUAACAUCUCCAAGGACUCAACAUCUCCAUGCAGGUGCCCUGCAUUUGCCACAAGCAGCCAGCAGCAGUCCCACUUACUGAAGAGCAUGUUUGCAGUAACUCAGUGGCCAUCUCCACAGGACUAUGAUGAGUUGGCAGCUCAAACGGGACUCACUAGGACUGAAAUAGUUCGCUGGUUCAAGGAGAAUAGGGGCCUUCUACGAACUGGCAAAUUAAAAUGGUUGGAUCAAUACCAACAACAAAGUGUAAUUGAUGGCUAUGACAAGCCAGAGGAGCCAAUAUCCACUGAGAGCGAGAAGAAAGAAAUUGAUGCAGUUCAGCAGCCUGAGGAGGAGCAUGAGAAGCUGGAAGAACAAAAGGCUGAAGGCAUGGUGAGAUCAGAAUGCAGUGAUCAAAACAGUCAAGACAAUGAUGAAAACCCAGAUGCUGGCAAUCUGAGUUUUAUCAAAGCAGCCAUAGACAAUGACAAUGACAACGAUGAUGCUUCAGACUGUAUGGACAACUGGAGUCAACCUGUGCCUGAAAGCAAAGCAGAUAUUGAUUCAGAAAGUCUGUCUGGUGAUAACUCUCACACCUAAACAGACAUAUCAUUCAGCUUUCUGGACAUCUAUCAACCUUGUGAUCUUGGAAGUGUGCUGGCGCUGACCCUGGGAUCAAAGGAGGCUUUUGGAAAAGGAUAUCAAAGUAUUGACUCCAGAAACUGAAGUCACAGUGAAAGACUAUCCUGCGGAGGGUCACCAGUUUCAUGAUGCCAAAGUCCCAUUUAGGGAUGUUCUUAAAAAGGGCCCUUGUACAUAGGCUUUCUUUGUAGUGCUGUUGACUUGCCUUCAUUGUGCACUUGCACUAACAAUACAGGGAAAGGCAGUACUGUUUCUGGUUGGUACUUAGUGCCAUUGCAUCCUCAAGAUCAGUUUGAUUUACACAUUUUAGAGGAACUAGUAACUAUUACACUACAGUGAAAUCAUUUGGAAACUUCUCGGUUUGCUUCAUCCAUGCAUAAUGAUAAGCUUCUGCCCCCAGGAGAGUUUGUCCAUCUCAACAUGGAACACUGAAGCAAUCCUGGGUCAGAUUGUCUGGUUUUCUUAAGAACCAUUUCCUUAGGACCUGGGUUGGUUUUGUUCUUCUGCAUGCAAAAAAGCCUUUGAGGCAGUGGGAGAGCAUAUUGCUUACCAAUUACCCAUAACUCAUCAUAAGCCAAAACAUCUGGACUGUGGAGCCCUGAGUUAAUAGGACACUGCCAUUUCUUGUUCCAAAUGACUUUCUUUUUCUAUUUCUAGAGUACCAUCAAAAAACAACAAGACUUUUCAAUGGAGGGCUUACGCUUCUUUGUAACGGAACUUGUUUGUAUUUCUUCAUUGGUGCAAAGACAGAGACACUUAUUUUUGUCAGCCGUAGGUGCUAUUGUGCACAAAACAGAUUCUCAAACUCUCACCUAUACAUUUUUAGCUUUGUUUCUAGGUGUCCCGUCCCCACAUCCAAUUGCAUUUUUGUUCUUCAUCUGCUAGAAGGAGAGUGAUAAAAACGAAAGGAUAAAGACUUGCCUGGGAGAAACCUUUUUAAAGACAACUUUGCUACAGUUUGGAGAGAAUGGUCCAUUUUCACCCUGUAUGAGCUGCACAAACCUAAUAUUAGGGAGUUUGAAUUAAAGAGAAAAGUUUUCUAA